AUGAAAGGUACAUCAUCUGAGCAGGCCAUAGCAAACAACACCAGGCUAUGGUUUUCGAAGAGUUUCAAUCCUGUUUUAUCUGUAGUGUUUAUAGAGUUAAACUAUCUUCUAGUAGUUGCCUCAAUCUCCACAAUCGCUUCAAUCUCCGUCGAAAGACUAUGGGCAGUCGUGUUCCCUAUUCAUCACAGAAACGCUGUUCCGAAACUCUACAUUAUUUUCAUCGCUGUGCCUUGUCUCAUAGCAGCUACAAAUUCGUGUUUGGGGCUCUUGGCUUCAUCCGGCAUCAUUACUUGGUAUCCUUUCCUCUAUUUUGACCAAGUGAAAAUGUUGACCAUUUGUGUUACAAUAUUCGGUUGCUAUUUAGGAAUCUUUAUGAAACAAAAGUGCAGGAACAUAACUGCAGACUCCCGGAGAAAAACUUUACGUGAUAAAAAGUUGGCUGGUACUCUUUUUCUUGUGACCUUCGCAUCUUUUAUAACCUGGUUUCCAGUUAGCGUGUAUUAUCAAGUGCUUACUUACCAAGAAAAGAUAAGUUACACAGCGACAUCUAGCAACAAGACAUUCUUCUUUUUAAUUGCCCUUAGUAUUUGCAAUUCUGGUGUCAACGUAGUAGUUUACAUGUUUCGCAUGCCAGAAUUUAAAAGAGCAGCCAAAUCCAUCAUUUGCAAGUAUUGCUCAAGAUCUACACGGCGAAUCAAUGUCCAAAACAUCUCCAGGAGAAAACCGCCUUCAAGGAAUGUAAAUGCAUUGGCUCGCAUGGAUUGUGAGUGCAUCGUGAUAUCAAGCUGCCCGGAUCAGCUGAGGUUUGAUAUUUCUGGUUCAAAUGUUUUGACUCAUUGUCAGGAAGCUGUUACUUCCUCUGGAGUCAAAGGACAAGAUGGCCAAGCGAGAGAGUCUUCUGUUAUUCCUGUUACUGAUGUUACUGGUACUUCUUACAAGCAUUCAGACACUCCAUCCGAAAAGGAAGAUUUAAAUUCUUUUGAUGAAUGAAGUGUUGAUGAGCAUGAUUCUUGAGGCCUUAUGAGCCACCUGGUACGAAACAGAGAGGUGGAAGUGAAGUCAGAACUGUUUGUGAAACAAUAUAAAACAUUUGGUUCCAAACCCCGUCUUAAAACGAUCUAGAAUUUAAAAGGAAGAAACAAUAACCAGAAAUGUUAU